UUAUAGACGAUCUACAUGGUGGAGUACCCUCUCCAGGACUGUAGGUGGCAGCAGAGAAAUGCCUUAUUUCCUGCCAAGACGCGCAGUCACAACAAGAGGAGGAAGAGGAAAAACGACAACUCUGGAUCUGGAUCGUCGUCGAUUACCUUGCGUGACAACACAGGGAUCGUCCAGGCUUUGGGUUGCUCCUGUUUGACCGGCACCAUGUCCGAUUUGCUAAGAUACAUCGACUACGACCACAAAGCCACCUUCCUGAAGAUGCUGAACCAGCAGAGGAUGGAGGGCGAACACUGCGACGUGGUGGUGGUGGUGGAGAACAUUGAGUUCAGGGCUCACCGCUGCGUCCUCGCCGCCUGCAGCAACUACUUCAAGAAGCUCUUUAAAAAGCAGAGCGACGAAGACAACUCCAUCGUGGAACUGGACUUUAUCCGCUCCGACAUCUUCGAGGAGGUGCUCAACUACAUGUACACAGCCCGGCUGGCGGUGAGGAAGAAGGACAUCAACAUGAUGAUGUCGUCUGGGCAGAUCCUCGGCAUCAACUUCCUAGAUAACCUGUGCACUCAGAAGAGGGAGCUGACCAACAUGAAGACCAGGGAGAACCAGGCGCCGGAUGACCACAGCAUGAGGGCGCAGGACGCCAUCCUGAAGGAGCUCGCCAUGGAGGAGGUGAGGAAGAACAGUUUCUACGACCAGGGGAUGGACGCCAUAGGGCCUGGCGGCUCGCACGUGUCACAGCCGCACAACUACAACACAGGCAUGGGCAAGGACCCUCACGCCCACAGCUGGGGCUCCUCCACGUCCAGCACUGACAUGAAGCUGGAAUACCUCCUCUACGGCCACCGCGACCACAACUCCUGCCAGAGCACCGGAACCAAGACCCUCGACCACAACGCCAAGAAGGAGCGUCUGCUCACCGCCAACCGCCCGUACGGCUGCGAGCACUGCCCCAAAGCCUUCACCACCGCCGCCCACCUCAAGGAGCACCUCAAGAUCCACUCUGGCUUCAAGCCGCAUCGCUGCCAGGUGUGCGGCAAGGCCUUCAUCCGGGGCCCUGACCUCAAGAGGCACGAGAGGGUCCACAGCAACGAGCGGCCCUUCGCCUGCCAGAUGUGUGAAAAGGCCUUCAAGCACAAGUCCCACCUUAAGGACCACGAGCGGCAGCACCGGGGCGAGCGGCCCUUCAACUGCGGUUCCUGCGACAAGGCCUUCAUCAAGGCGUCAGACCUGAAGCGCCACUGGAACACCAUGCACAGCGCCAACCCUCGCAGACAGAUGUCUCUGUCGCCCGCCGCCUCCCAGCACGGCCAGGGGGACGCCACGGACCAGAGGGACUGGAAACUGGAGACCGGGCCACACUCGCACAACUCUGGGGACUGCUGAGCCCUCCGACACACGCACACACACACACACACACACACACACACACACACACCGACACAUCUCAACUAAUCAGAAUAUCAU